UGUAGACCAUUGUCAUUGUCCAUUGCUUACACGUGUUUGCCAAAUGGCUUCAAAAUGUAAACAAUAGACUAAAGUCUAAGUACAGUAACUUAAUUGUUUGUUUGUAUCAGUAUCUUUUAGCCUUCGUUCUGGCAGCAUCUCUUUGCACACUGUGUCUACUGUGAGUGAAAAUGAAUUCAAAACGAAAACUGAAAGCAUUAACAUAUGCUGAGAAGUUAAAAGCGAUCGAAGCUGUGAAAAGUGGAUUGAAAAGAAAAGACGUUGCAGUUCAGUUUGGAAUACAUGAGAGUACAUUAUCCAUCAUAUUAAAAAACAAAGAUGAAUUAUUGAAGAAGCAAGAAUCGGGCGAAAGUCUUUUAUGUAAAAGACGAAGAAUUGCUGAGUUCCCUAAUUUAGAACAAUGCUUGUUUACGUGGUUUAAACAGUGUAGAAAUAAAAACAUCAGUGUUAGCGGGCCCAUACUAAAAGAAAAAGCUGAAGAGUUUGCUAAGUCACUGCAAAUCCAUAAUUUUAAAGCUAGCAAUGGUUGGUUGGAAAAUUUCAAGAAACGACAUGAUCUGGCCUUCAAAAAAGUGUGUGGUGAAAGUGCAAGCGUAAGCAAAGAAGUUUGCACAGAAUGGAAAAGUCAAUUGAAGAGUUUAUUGAAUGGAUACGACCCCAAUGAUGUUUUUAAUGCUGACGAAACGGGACUAUUUUUCAAAUGUCUUCCUGACAAAACACUAACAUUUAAAAAUGAAAAAUGUCAUGGAGGAAAACACAGCAAGGAACGACUAACGAUUUUGCUUUGUACAAAUUCUACAGGUACACAAAAAUUAAAGCCAUUAAUGAUUGGCAAAUCAAAGAAACCUCGUUGCUUUGCGGGCUGCCGAUCACUGCCUUUGGAUUAUGAAGCCAAUAAAAAAGCAUGGAUGACUGGGGAACUUUUUAGAAAAUGGCUUAUUAAAACAGACAAACAAAUGAUUACUGAAAAAAGAAAAAUUCUUCUCUUCAUAGAUAACUGUACAGCACAUAAUGACGUACCUCCAUUGAGGGCCAUCAAAGUUCAAUUUCUUCCAGCAAACACAACAUCACAACUUCAACCACUGGAUCAAGGCAUCAUUAAAAACUUCAAAACAUUUUACCGAAAAGAAAUUGUAAAAAAAAUGAUAACUGAUAUGGAGCAAAAUACCGUGUCUUCCAUCCAUGUGUUACACGCAAUGAGGAUGGUAGACAAGGCUUGGCGUAAUGUAACAUCCAAUGCAGUGAAAAACUGCUUUAAAGCCUGUGGUUUUCCUGUUCAGAUGCAAGAAAAUAUUGAAGUGGAGGGCGAAGAAUGGAAUAAGUGUACUCCGCCUGAAGAAUGGAAUAAGUGUAUGUCUCACGUAGAAAUUACUUUUGAAGAAUUCGUCACAUGCGAUGAUAAAUUAGCCACCGCGGGAACGUUAACAGAAGAAGAAAUCAUGAGUACCGUUGUUCAUGGUGCUGAGGGCGAUGAUUUAGACGAAGAUUUAAAUGACGAGCCGCAAGUUCCACCUACGACUAUAUCUAUCAGCGAAGCAAGGAAAGCUGUAAACACUUUACGGUGUUUUGCAGAGCAAUGCAGUGAUACAGAGGAAGACAUUUUCACUUCUUUAUUUAAGAUUGAAAAUAAAAUUGAUAUAGAAAGCGUGAACAGUUUGAAACAAAAAAAAAUUACCGACUUUUUUAUGUAG